AUGAAGGCUGUUUUGCAACGAGUCGCAUCGGCUUCGGUGACAGUCGAUUCAAAUUUGGUAUCCUCGAUUGGAAAGGGUGUACUGGUGUUUGCUGCAGUUGCUAAGGAUGACACGCGCAAGGAAGUAGAGUCUAUGGCGGCCAAAGUGCUGAAGCUGAAAAUGUGGCCCGACGAAAGCGGCGGUACUUGGAAGCAAAAUGUACAGGACAUCAAAGGGGAGGUCCUUUGCGUAUCCCAGUUCACCUUGCUGGCAUCAACCAAGAAAGGGAAUAAGCCGGACUUCCAUGGUGCCGCAGGUGGUGAGGAAGCUAGAGAGCUGUAUGAUCAAUUCUUUGCCAAAGUACAAGAGCUUUAUGAGCCUGCAAAGGUGAAGAACGGCGUUUUCCAGGCCAUGAUGGAAGUGGAUAUACAGAAUUCUGGCCCUGUCACUUUGGAGAUUGAUACCAAUCCUCACAAAGGUCAAGAUGGAAACAAGAAGCCUGGAAAUGAGCAAGGGGAGCAUCAGCAGAGCAGAGCUUCAGCUGAUGAAGGGAAAAGCAAGGUCGCAGAGAGCUUUCAAUUACCAGUUGAAUUAUUAGAUUAA